AUGAAAAGUUUUGAGAGUUCUAUUAAAUAACAUAUUCCAUAAUAAAUUAUAAGAGCAGCAGAAAAAUUUGAAUCACUUUUUGUAAAGGAGACACACCAUCAUUAAUCUUAAAUCUUAUAUUUUAAAAUAAUGGCCAAAAAUCAAAAGAGAAUAAAAAAACAAUUAUAAUAGGAACCGAAGAUAGGAUUAUCUGAGUUGGGUCAUUUACAAUAAACAUUAAGAAAAUCAGGAACAUUUGGAAUUGAAAACUCUUAAUCAAUUAUUGUAAAUAUAUUUAUAUAAUAUAAUUCUUUAGCAUUGUAUGCAAAUAUUAAAACCUGAAUUUGAGAGAUAAAUAUAUAUUGAUGAACUCACAACUGUAGUUAGUGAACAAAUACCUUAUGAAAAUUAUGAUUUUAUCUAUGAUUGUUGUGAUAUUAAUUUAUGA